AUGAACGAGGAAGAAAUGAAAAUUAUUGUCGGAAACAAAUCUGUGUCAUCAUGUAACGUAAACGAUACUGGUAGAAACGUUGCAAGAAAAGGGGAGAAACAAUCAACACAAGACGGAAAUGUAUUUGUUGGACGAAAUCAAAAAUUUAACAAAGGCGAAGAAUACAAAGUUUCAGUUGUGACUUCAACACCAUCUGGUGAUGAUGUAUAUUUUUCUCGAAGCUCAAAUAUUAUUUUGGAAUGGGUAACUAAAAUAGAAACGAAUGGUGAAAACGGAACAGGUUCAAUAAAUUCCGGGACAACCGUGGCCCAGCCCGGGACACGAGACGCCAGACGUCAAUUCGAGGGUGAAAACGGCGGAACGCCUGGCUGGAUAUUUGCUAUCAUUGGCGUGGUCGUGCUUAUUCUUAUAGUUGGAAUUAUAAUUAUUGUCGUAAUAGUGAAAAAAAGAAAAAACAACGAAACAACGAAAAUCGAAGUUCAGCCGUCGGAACUUGAAAAUCCUAUUCCACCGACACCGAAUGUUGCUCCUCAUGCCAACAACAAUUCCCCAAGAGCCCCGCCUCCUGUACAGCCACGAAGACCAAUUUCUAAAGAAGUACAUAUAGUAGAAGGACAAGACGCUUAUGUGAACUAUGUGAAAAAAGCUGAAAAAAAAUCAGAAACAUCAAUUUCUGUCUCUGACUUGGAAAACGUUUACAACUCUAUGAGGGCCAGAGAAAACAGACUGUUUUUGGAACAAUUUCAGAAAAUUCUUCAGGAGGCCGCAAAAUAUGGCGGAACAAAAAAGUUUGCGUCGAACGAGGCUUUGAAGAAGAAAAAUCGAUAUAAAAAUAUAUUGCCAUUCGAUGAUACCCGAGUUCCUUUAACCGAGGCAAAGUCUGGCUACAUCAACGCCUGUUUCAUAAAUGGCCACAACGUACGACACAAGUACAUUGCAACACAGGGGCCUCUGUCCGAUACCGUUGGUGACUUUUGGCAGAUGGUAUUAGAGCAAAAAAGCAAAGUAAUCGUUAUGUUGGCAAAAGAAAUCGAAGCAGGAAAAAAAAAAUGCCAAAAGUACUGGCCUGACGCGGGGAAAAAUCUUGCGUUUGGAGAUAUAGUGAUUGAAAAUGCACAAGAAGUCAAUUACAGCGCUUUCAUGAGAAGAGUCCUCGUUGUGACAUCCAAGCAGGAUAACAAAAGCUUGACCGUUUACCAAUAUCAAUUCCUUAAAUGGCCUGAUCAUGGGGCUCCUCAGACAACAUCGAACUUGCUCAGAAUGCAUCAAGCGGUCUUAAAAAGUUGUCAAGAUCUGGAAAAUGAUUCUCCCAUCGUUGUACACUGCAGUGCUGGAGCUGGAAGAACUGGAACCUUUAUUGGAUACGACAUUCUACUCGAGGAAAGUACUUCCAAGCGAUCAGUUGACGUGUUCUCUUGCGUCCUCAACAUGAGAAAGCAAAGAGUGGAAAUGGUGCAGACCGCUGAUCAAUAUAUCAUUCUUCACAAACUUAUGUUGGAGACAAGUCUGUUUGGUGACAAAGACUUAUCUACUGAUGAAGCAAAGAAUAAGUUAGAAAUGAUGAAAAGUUCUGGCAACGCUCAAUCAAGUUUGAGAAAAGAAUUUGAUGAUCUCAGCAGAAUAUAUCCGAUGAAAGAUUCAAAACUGACUGGGAACGAGCAUACGAAAACCAACCGAUCGAUGAAUGUAGUUCCGUAUGACUACUCUCUUGCAAAACUUGCAAUGGAAGCUGGCGAAACGAAAGUGCCAUUUGUGAAUGCUUCCUGGGUUGAGAGUUAUGAUGAAUCAAGUCCAAUGAUCGCAUCUCAAGGUCCAACUUCAUCAAACAUUGAUUUAUUCUGGAGAUCGGUUCUAGAUAACAAUGUGAAUACGAUCGUUAUGUUGACGGAACUGAAUGAAGGGCAUGAGGAACAAUGCGCUCAGUACUGGCCGUCAAGUGCUGGAGAAGAAUUAAAACUGCAAAACAUCAAAGUAACUCUCGCCGCAGAAGAAACUGACGCGAUUGCUGUAACAAGAAAAUUGAAGAUAGAUCGGGGAAUACAAUCGAGAUCUGUGACUCAAUUUCAUUACACCGGAUGGAAAUCAACAAGUUGCCCUGAAGAGGCAAGAGGGAUAAUCGACCUUGUUAGUAAAAUGCAGAAAAAUUUUAGAUCCACUGGAAAUGGAGUCAUCCUCAUACAUUGCAGUGAUGGUAUCGGUAGAACUGGGGUAUUCUGUGCAACAGUGAAUCUGAUAGAUCGAUUGAAAUGUGAGAAUCGAGUUGAUGUUUUCAGAACCGUGAAAGAUCUCAGAGAUGGAAGACCAAAUAUGGUUGAAAAUUUGAAUCAAUACAAGUUCUGCUAUCAAGCAAUCAUCGAAUAUCUAAGAUCAUUCGAUCUUUAUUCAAACUACUAAACACCGCAUUGUGUAAAAAGGACGACAUGUAAUCACUAGUGUAAAAAAAUUCCAAUGAAAGGCUAUGAAAAACUUUACAAAACAGUCACGAUGUAACUCCAACAUCACAUUAUGCCAAGUAUUCCAAAGCAACGAGUGUUCAUCUUCUAAAAAUAUUGUGUUUGUAGCUACUAAAAACAGACAAAAUGCAUAAUGCCAUUUAACAGAUUUUUAUUAUUGUUUUGUUGUAAAUAACUGCGCUAUGUAGCGUUAGUAAA